CCUUCUUCGCUGCCACAAUUCCUUCGUCAAGACCGUCCUACUCUCGUCAACAAGUUCAACUACCUCGAAAACCUACAGCGUGAUCGCUUGACCGAGCAGUACGAGAAUCCAGAGAAAGAGUCGGAAUGGACCCGCUUGACCGGCGAUCACAUCGCCUACCGCAAUCGCUACGUUAAUGUCGAGCCUUUUGCAAACAACCGUGUCAAGUUGAAUGUCGCUAAAGGCUUCAACGACUACAUCAAUGCCUCCCCUAUCGUACUAGGCCCCCGCCACUACAUUGCUACUCAGGGUCCCAAGAACACUUCGACUUCGCAGUUCUACCGCAUGCUUGCCCAAGAAUCUACUUCCAACACUCCUGCUGUUGUCGUCAUGCUUACCCAGACACACGAGGCUGGCCGUGAAAAGUGUUUCAAGUACUUUCCUGACACUCAGGACACUCCCCUCGAGCUACACCCGGACCCUGAUCUUGAUGAUGGUUUCGAAGGCAACGUCGAGCUUCUGUCAUCUGAAGAGGACACUGCCUGCCGAUGCACCAUCCGCCACCUACGUCUCCGCUACACAGAUACCCCAGCUAGAGAAGGAGAAGAACGCCAAUGGAACGAAAAAGAAAUCUAUCACUUGCUCUUUGUUGGUUGGCCAGACUUCUCCGUCCCAGAAGGCGAAAAUCGCAAUGCUAUGCUUAACCUCAUCACAAAGUCUGCAACUCUGAACCUACCACCAGACGUGUCCAAAUCCUCGUCAUUCCCUCUCGAAGCAGCAUCAGACCAAACCGCAUCAUCUACAGCAAGUCCACGCAUCGUUCACUGCUCUGCUGGUGUUGGUAGAUCAGGUACUUUCAUUGCUCUGGACUUUCUGCUUGCUCAUCUUAGACGCGGCAGUCUGGAAUCCGUGCCUGAUGACGUCGAUCCUAUCUUGGAUACUGUCAACGCCAUGAGGAAGCAACGUAUGAUGAUGGUUCAGAGCGAAGCCCAGUUCCUCUUCCUCUACGAAGUUAUGCGCCUCGCUUGGUUAGAGCAACAUCGCGCCACUGACGCAGAG